GUGUUGACAGAAAAUGUUGUGACAGACCUCUGACCUGAGGACCUCACUGGUCAGACGGAGGGGUGUGCUCAGUCGAGGCGUUGCUGCGUCGGCUUCCACUGGGUGUUUGGGGGACUUUUACUUUGCUUGUAGCACUUAAGGAAACAUGUCGCUCAUCUCUGUACCACCACCAAAAUGUCUGAAGAAACCUAUGAAUGUCCCUCACCGAUACAUGUUCGGACCGGGACCUUCCAACGCCCCUCAACGCAUCUUGGAGGCCGGCGCCAAUCCGGUCAUUGGGCACAUGCACCCGGAGAUCUUUGAGAUAAUGAAUGACAUCAAAAGUGGGAUCCAGUACAUAUUCCAGACCCGAAACGCAAUGACUUUUGCCGUGAGUGGCACCGGCCACUCAGCUAUGGAGUGUGCCAUCUUCAACGCAGUGGAGCCUGGGGACACGGUGCUGGCAGCGGUGAACGGUAUCUGGGGAGAGCGAGCAGCAGACAUGGCCGAAAGGAUAGGUGCCAAAGUACACACUAUAGUGGCGCCUCCUGGUGGCUUCUUCACCAACGCAGACAUUGAGAAGGCUUUAUCAAAACACAGGCCUGUGCUCUUCUUCCUUGCACAUGGAGAAUCCUCCACGGGAGUCCUGCACCCUUUAGAUGGCAUCGGACAGCUCUGCCAUAAGUAUAACUGCCUGUUUCUUGUCGACUCUGUGGCUUCACUGGGAGGAGCCCCUGUUUAUAUGGACAAACAAGAGAUAGACAUCCUCUAUACAGGCUCCCAAAAGGUCCUGAAUGCUCCUCCGGGCACAGCACCAAUUUCCUUCAAUGAGAGAGCCUGCCGAAAAAUAUUCAGCCGAAGAACAAAGCCUGUGUCGUUCUUCUUGGAUUUGAGCUGGCUCGCAAACUACUGGGGAUGUGACGGCAAGCCGUCGAGAGCAUAUCACCACACAGGUCCAGUCACCGCUUUUUACUGCCUGAGGGAGAGUUUGGCUGUUCUGGCAGAAGAGGGUCUGGAGAACUCAUGGGAAAGACAUCAAAACGUGGCAGAGUAUUUCCAUGCGGGGCUGGAGAGCAUGGGCCUAAAACUUUUUGUCAAAGAGAAACAAGCAAGACUGCCUACAGUGACCACAAUUGUUGCUCCUCAUGGAUACGACUGGAAAGAGAUCACAAGCUACAUUAUGAAAACACAUAAUUUAGAGAUUUCUGGAGGACUCGGACCCUCAGUUGGAUUGGUGCUGCGAGUGGGACUGAUGGGGUGUAACAGCAGCAGGGCUAACGUUGAUAUGGUGCUGGCAACACUGACAGAUGCCCUGAAACACUGCCACAAGAGUAAAGUCUAGCACGCUUCGGUUUGAUGCUGUGAAGAGGUUUCUGAUCCAGUGUUGCUGUUAUAAUAAAAACACAUAAAUUGUG